AUGCUUAUAGGACGAGGACCUUCACAUUCACCUGAAAGUUCACCAUCACGUCCGAAUUAUACCCGGCAAAGGUCACGGAAUUGUAAUUCACCGACACUCUUGAGUAAUUUCAUAAAGCAACGAGACGAGGAAUAUUCAGGUCCUCGAGUACCACCACAUCGACCAGCAUAUGAUGAUAAUGAUGGUCAUGAUAAUGAUAAUCAAAGUUUUUCAUUGGUUGAUGGUUAUUUACCGAAUCGAUCGCGACGAUUAUCACCGAUACGUGGAACUCAUAUGAAUCAACGGAUCUAUUCAGGUACACCGUCACCACAAAUGCUUACGGAUGAUGAUGAACCAAUGCCAACUGCAGUGCGUCAACGAAGACUUCCAUUAAUUGGCAUGCUACCUCCGCCAGCACCAUUGCGCUCACCGGAACACUACUCAAGUCCGUAUCAUCCGGCUCAUCCGGCACGAAGUGAUCUUAAUGCAGCUGGCGGUGCUCCUCCAUCUGUUUACUAUACAUCAACGGAUGAUAUACCAUCACCAUCUCCCAGUUCUGCACACAAUUUCCCACUUUAUGGGCAAGGUGGUACCUAUGGACCACGUUUACCAGGUGCUUAUGGUUGGAGGACAUCAUCUGUCACCGUUGGCUAUCAUGGUAAUAAUAUUAUACCAUAUAGUCGAGUACCAAGUAGCGGUAACAGUGCACCAACGGUGAUUUAUGCAGGUAAUCGGUCACGACCAGUGAUACGCGUGAUACGAGCCCAGCCAGGUAAUGUACCACUUAGUGAUUCUGAUAACGAUGAACAAAAAUGGGCUGUUGUUUAAAUGGUAUGUGAUUAUUCGUUGCUUUCUG